AUGCACAUACGUACAGGUUCUACAUUUAUGACUGACUGGUAUUCUCAGAAACCUACCACUCUUCAGAUUUUAACAGCAUUUCAUGCAUAUCAUCCAACACCAACAACAGAAGAAUUGUGUACAUCAAAUGUUAAACUAGCCUUUGAACUUAUUCAAGCAGCUGGUAUGGUUGAACCUGCAGCAAAACUUGAAGAAAUUGUUGCAGGCGAUAGCAGUGCUGUAUUACGCGUGUUGUAUGGCAUCUACUCAUAUUGUGCACAUAUGGAGGAUGAACAACGUCGGUAUGAAAUAAAUAAUAUUCGGGAACAGGGUGAGAUGGAUGAAUAUUACGGUAA